GUCGGCGCCGGAGUCGCCACCAAGUAGGUCGAGACAAUGUCCGGGGUGUACUGUCGGAUCUAAUUAGGUGUAUUAUAGAACCAUGGGACCCGACAGCUGUACUAGGACCACACACCACGGCUCCAUUAGCAUGCCGUAUCUCGAUACCACCGUUGGCGUCAGAUAUGCCUGCUGUGCUGCAACCUCAGCCACUUUACGAGCUUUCUCUGGAGGAGCAAGAGGCCGCCAUCAUCGAAGAUUUGCUCUUUGUGUUUAUGGGGUAUGAGGGACAGUAUAUCCGCUUUUCGUAUUCCUACGACCCAAAUGAGGAACGAGAUCAACUUGUAGGACCGACUUACAAAAUUUCACCGGGCCUAGAUCCCAGCCUGGAGGAUUUGACCUUGUCCAUGUCGAAGAUGGCAACUCACUAUUCGGCCCUGGAGCACUUUGUUGACGUGCAAAGUCGGGAGGAGUUCGGCGCUGUCAACCAUGCGUUAUGUGCGGCCAUCAGGAAGCUUCUGCAAGAGUACUUGGUCAUGAUUGCCCAACUCGAGACGCAAUUCCUCACCAACGACACCUUCACCUUGCACGUGCUCAACAUCCACACUCUUCCUACAAGUCAGCUGAUGUUGCAGCUGUACUCCCUCGCCCAUGAAUUCCUUAAAAAAAAUGCCCUGCUUGACGUAGAAAGCGAAGAAGAUUCGGACCCCGAUGAUAUUGAGCACAUUCUUGAAAACUUGAAGAGGGGAGGCGAACUCGUUCCUGGCAAUAUGACGGGGAAGAAGGUCUGUAAGGGCGGGGUCGUGAUAGGCCUUAUCACGAAAAGAUUGGAGACCAUGUCGGGCGAUCCGGCAGCAAGAUCAUUGCUGACCUCGCUUUUACGCGAUGCGAGUCGGCCUUACAUGUCCAUGUUGAAUGAGUGGCUGCAUCACGGCGGGAUCAAUGAUCCACAUUCCGAGUUUCUAAUCAAGGAGCAAAAGAGCAUAAAGCGAGACAGGUUGGAGCAAGACUACACAGAUGACUACUGGGAGAGGCGGUAUACAGUUCGAGAUCAAGACAUACCACCUCAACUCUUGGGUGUCAAGGACAAGGUCCUUCUGGCUGGAAAAUACCUGAACGUCGUUAGGGAGUGCGGCGGUGUCGAUGUCAGCAAAGUUGUUGAAGAUGUGCCCGUCACAUUUGACGACCCACGGUUCCUCGACAACGUGAACAACGCUUAUGCUUAUGCCAACGAAUCACUAAUGAAGCUGCUCCUCACCACGCAUGCUCUUCCGGCACGACUUCGGUCCUUGAAGCACUACUUCUUCCUCGAUCCGUCCGACUACUUCACUUACUUCCUUGAGUUGGGAGCAUCCGAGCUGCGAAAGGCAGUCAAGGAGGUUAAUACCGUCAAACUGCAGUCACUGCUCGACAUUGUCCUGCGGCAACCAGGAACCAUCGUGUCGCUAGACCCAUUCAAGGAGGACGUCUACAUCGAAAUGAAUGAGGUCAGUCUUAUCAAGAUGUUGCAGCGGGUGGUCAAUAUCACAGGUAUUGAGCAAGGAGAGGCGCUUCAGCCUCUCAACAACCAGCCCGUUGGGCACGACAAGGAUGCGAAAGGGUUUACGUCGUUGCAACUGAACUAUACGGUGCCAUUUCCCGUAUCGCUGGUUAUCAGCCGGAAAACGGUAUGGCGGUACCAAGCUUUAUUCCGUUUCCUGCUAUCACUGAGACAUUUGGAGUCUCAACUGUCCAUUACGUGGCAAACACACAAUAGCAAUAUCGUUUGGUGUUACAAGUCUUCAACUAGAAGAUUGGAGAUUUGGAAACGGCGGGUAUGGACAUUGCGAGCUCGCAUGAUGGUAUUCGUGCAGCAACUGCUUUACUUCUGCACGUUGGAAGUGAUUGAGCCGAAUUGGCAGGCCCUAAUGUCGAGCCUCAAAGCCAAAGACGGCAGCUUGGAUGGCUCCGGCAAGCCAGAUCGAACGGUAGACGAACUUAUGCAGGACCAUGUGGAUUUCUUGGAUACUUGCCUGAAGGGAUGCAUGCUUACAAACGGCAAGCUUAUCAGGAUCCACUCGAAACUAAUGCAAACCUGCACUAUGUUCACCUCGUACACGAGCUGGCUGUCCCGCGCAUUGGAAAAGGGCGAUCCGGACCUAGUCGGCAACUUCAAACCGCCCAACAUGAGCGAUGAGCAAUGGAAGCGUUUCCAGGUCUUCAAGUCGCAAAAGUCGAACUCGGACAGCACGUCUAAUAGCCAGCUGCAGGACGAGGAGACAAGGGUAAACAACCUGUUUGAGCUCAUCAAGAAGUGGGAGACCAACUUCAGCCGCCACCUGCAGAUCCUCCUUGACGCCCUCAACCACUACGCUGCCACGGAGACGGUCGUCUUGUUAAGCUUGUGUGCUCGCUUGGCUACGGCGAAUCAGGGGACUGAUUAUUCGGGGUUGAGGAACGAGGAGGAUAUUGGGCCUUGAGACCCCGUGAUUUCAGCGGGUAAAGCAAGAGACUAGAGAUGUCUUGGCUUCAAAGCAACAAUUGGCAUGCCGGCGGUCGUGGUGGUUGGGGACCUGGCUGGAUAUGAGUUAUGGCGUUUUGGUCAGCUAUGGCAUGCGUGGUGGUGACCGGCUGGCUGCUGGGACUGGACGUUUGACGUUUAACUGCAAAGUGAUACCACCAUCAAAUGAAAGACUCGCAUUGAGAUCAACCAUGCUCGAAUCUCCCACGUCACGCCGUCGUCACUUUGCUCAUGAUGCGACUUCGUUUAGGAUAGGGUCAGCUAACCUCGCAUCCGUAAGCUUUCAAUCGACUUUCCAUCUAUAUCAAGAGACAUUGGAUGUGGUCUGGUAAUGUCCAGAGUCGGUGGGAUAUCACACGUAAGCAGACGUACGGCAGAAGACCUUUAAGGAC